AUGAAAUUACUUUCAACUACUUAUUUCAUAUCAAUUGCUUUAGCUAUUCCAUCAUUUCCAAAAUCAAACUCAGUUUUUGAUAAAAGAGAUUCAAUUGAUGAUUGUACUAAACAAAAUGACAAUUGUAAACAAGCUAUUGUAUUUGCUCAAAAUUAUUGUGGAUCAGAAACUGUUACAGCAGAAUGUACCUGUAGUUUAGAUGUAACUAGUGAUUAUUAUACAUUAAAUCAAAAAUGUUUUUCUGAAUGUGGUGAAGAUGUUGCAUUUUUAACUCCCGAACAAUUUGCAGCUUAUUUUUGUAUUAACGUUACUCCAAAGCCUCCAAAUCAACCAAACCCACCAGCAUCUUCAAUUGUUGCUCCAGCUCCACCAGCUUCAUCAAAUGUUGCUCCAGCUCCACCAGCUUCUUCAAAUGUUGCUCCAGCUCCACCAGCUUCAUCAAAUGUUGUUCCAGCUCCACCAGCUUCAUCAAAUGUUGUUCCAGCUCCACCAUCCUCAUCAAAUGUUGCACCAGCUCCACCAGCUUCAUCAAAUGUUGCUCCAGCUCCACCAGCUUCUUCAAACGUAGCACCAGCUCCACCAGCUUCAUCAAACGUUGCUCCAGCUCCACCAGCUUCUUCAAACGUAGCACCAGCUCCACCAGCUUCAUCAAAUGUUGCUCCAGCUCCACCAGCUUCAAACGUUGCAAUUUCAAUUGCACCAGGCGCACCAUCAAGUGCUAUAGUCAUUUCAGUUCCGGGCUUUUCAAGUGAAGUUAUUCAACCACCACCAAUUUCAUCAGGUUUAUCAAGUGUAAUUGUUCAAUCACCUAAACCAUCUGAUGUUAUAGCUCCUAUUUCUUCUGCUAAACCAGCUUCAAUUUCUUCAAUCAGUGUUGGCCCAAUUUCAUCAAGUGUUCCAGUCUUACCAGCUAGUUCUUCAGGUUUUGCAUGGUCAAACUCAACUGGUCCAAGCACAGGAUCAGGUAGUGGAUCAGGUAGUGGAUCAGGUAGUGGAUCAGGAAGUGGAUCAGGAAGUGGAUCAGGUAGUGGAUCAGGUAGUGGAUCAGGCAGUGGUUCAGGAAGUGGAUCAGGAAGUGGAUCAGGUUCAAGUCCAAAAGAAGUAACACUCACAAUCACAUCAUGUAGUGAAGGUCGUUGUUCAGCUGCUGCAACUCUUACAACAGGAUUAACUACAAUUACUGAAGCCGAAACUACUUAUACAACUUAUUGCCCAUUAUCAACUGAUAAAGAAACCAUCGAGGCUGCAUCAAAAACUGUCGUUACAAUUACGUCAUGUUCUGAAGGUCAUUGUACUCCAAUUUCAACUCUUACUACUGGUUUAACAACAAUCUCAAAUGAUUUUACAACAUAUACAACUUAUUGUCCAUUAUCAAGUGAAUAUGAAAUAACCUAUAUUACUAGUGUUUCAGAAGGUUCAACAUACGUUCAUACUUCAGGUUAUAAAUAUAUUUCAGAAGCAGAAACAAUCUACACUACUUAUUGCCCAUUAAGUGUUCCAAAUACUAUUAUUGAAUCUACCGAAGGAGGUAUUGUUCAUACAUACACUACUGGUUACAGCAUUGUUACUGAAGGAGCAAAAACAUAUACAACGUAUUGUCCUACUGAAGUCCCAACUACAGUUAUUAAAUCAACAGCUGCAGGCGGUGAAGCUCAUACUUUUACAACUGGUUGGUCUGUUGUUACUAAAUCUGCUACUGGAUAUACUUCAUAUGUUUCUUGGACACCAGCACCAACAGUUGCUGCUCCAUCAAUAUCAGAAUCAACCAUAGUUGGAUCCCAUGCGUCUGGUGCUGUUACAGUUCAAGAAGGUUCUGGAUCUACUUUUGUUGUUUCAAUACUUGCUGGAUUAUUUGCUAUAUUUGGUGCUUUUAUUUAA